CUUUACACCAGUCUCCCUCCAUACAACACGUCAAGAUGGAAUUCGUAUUUGGCCUCGCAACAGCACUGCCCAUCGUAAGCUCGACAGCUAUUUCGGUGGUGACGGGAGUCGCACAAGGAGUUUCAGAGCAAAAGAGGGUGAACGCCGAUGCCUCGAACCAAGUGCGCAUGCUCAAGUUUCACGUCGACACAUGGGUAGACGAGGAUAAGAAGAAGGGUGUUGGGCCAGAGCUUACGAAUGGCAUCGUCACAUUACGCGACUCGAAGGUCUGGGUGGAAGCGAAAAAUGAAGAGACGAAAGAGCCGGCGCAUGUGGGACAUCAUCCGUUCACUGGGUUUUAUUUGGCCUAUCCAGAUGACAAUCGAGGGUAUACGCGCGGGCUGGUCAGCACAAUCAGUGUUGAUCCGCCUAUGCUGAAUUGGAUCUAUGUGGAUAAGGACACAUAUGAGUGCAAGUUUGCUGCGCGAUCCGGUAGUAUCAUGCACCAUGUUGGUGACUACGACUGGACGAGCGAGGACAAUGACAGCUGUAUCACGUUUGACGGGUUCGAAGGGUUUGUUGCGGUGGAAGAGAAGCCAGGGGAGUGGGGAUUGUACUUUGAUAUGGAUGAUGACGGGCUGAAGAGUAAGAAGAAGGGCAGAAAGGUGGUUGAGUUGCACUUGCAGCGGAGGGUCAUCACGGGACAGGAAGUCAACAAGUGGGGACUGAAGGAGGAUGGAAAUAUUGGAUUCAAGUCUACGAAGGAGGUGGACAAGAUCAGCAAGCCGAAGCCUGAGGGUGAACAGCAGCGGCAGUCAGCGAUUCAACCCAAGAAGGAAUGAGAUGUGCUUGUCUGAGGAAGAAUUUGACCCUUGCUUGACCCAGAUUGCUUUUCGUGAAGGUUGUAUGGAUGCUGGGUGGGAUUUGAGGCCUGAAUGCGGCCAGAAAACAGUAUCUCACCCUUGUCUUGUGUGUGUUGAGACUGACCAUCGAGACGAACGCUGGCAUCCCUCGAUCGACUGUCCGCAUGUACGACUCUUUCUACCGGAGCGCACAAUGCGCGCAUCUCGACAUGGAUGCAGCUAACACGAAAGGACUUGCUCGGAGCGUGUGCCGGGGUGCGACCGAAGCGAACGAGUACUGUAUUGCUGGGCGGCGUCAGGUCAUGGAGGUCGGGCAGAUGACUGUGGGUGUCUCAUUCACAACCGGGCGAGCGACGGCAAAACGCGAUCGUCGCAACAUCGAAGCACGAGGGAAGCACAGAUGGGAG